AUGGUGAGAGCUUCAGCUAACUCCGUCAAUCCUCACGUUCAUUCCGGCGUUCGUAUUGUCGUCGCCGGUGACCAAGGUACCGGUAAGUCCAGUCUCAUUAGCACCGCCGCCUCCGAGAAUUUUCGCCCUAAUGUCGCCCCGGUGUUGCCUCCAUCUACGCUUGCUCUGGAUCUCUAUCCAGAUCAUGUGCCAAUCACCGUCAUCGAUACUACCUCCUCUAUUCCAGACAUUGAUAGAUUAAGUACAUUUUGGCUCCCUCAUCUUCGCAACUUAGAGGUGAGGGUUCCUGUUAUAGUGGUUGGUUGUAAGCUUGACCUGCGAGAUGAAACAUCUAGGCAAAUCCAGGUCCCUGAAGUUUUCUACUAUGCACAAAAGGCUGUUCUUCAUCCAACGGCUCCUUUAUUUGAUCAGGAGACACAAACUCUAAAGCCUCGAUGUGUACGGGCUUUGAAGCGGAUUUUUAUCCUAUGCGACCAUGGCAGAGACGGUGCCCUUAGCGAUGCUGAACUGAAUGAUUUUCAGGUUAAAUGUUUCAAUGCUCCUUUGCAACCAUCUGAAAUUAUCGGUGUAAAGAAGACUGUGCUCAGGAAGUUUGGAUAUAACGAUGAUAUCAAGCUUGCUGAUGAUUUAUUUCCACCUUUGAAAUACACUCCCGAUCAGAGUGUUGAGUUGACAAAUGAAGCCAUUGAAUUCUUGAAGACAAUUUUUGAUGCAUUUGAUGCUGAUUUUGAUGGGAUGCUGCGACCCUGUGAACUUGAAGAAUUGUUUUCCACUGCCCCAGAAAGUCCCUGGAUCGGAAAUCCAUAUGAGGAUGCUGCAGAAAGGAAUGCAUUUCAAGGACUAUCACUUGAUGCAUUUUUGUCAGAGUGGGCACUCAUGACUCUGCUAAACCCAACCUUUAGUGUGGAGAACUUAAUAUACCUUGGUUAUUCUGGUGAUCCAUUAUCUGCUGUCCGUGUGACUAGGAAGCGCCGCACUGAUCGUAAAAGACAACUUUCUGAAAGAAAUGUAUUGCAGUGCUUCGUUUUCGGGCCUAGGAAUGCCGGAAAAUCCGCUUUAUUGAAUUCUUUCAUUGGAAGGCCAUAUUCUGAAGCUUACAAUCCAACCAUCGAGGAUCGUUAUGCUGUAAAUGUUGUUGAUAUUGCGAAGGAAAACAAAAAAUAUCUUGUGCUGAAAGAGAUUCCAGAAAGUGGAGUUGAAAAGCUGCUGGCCAAUAAGGAGUCUUUGGCCUCAUGUGAUAUUGCAGUUUUUGUUCAUGAUAGGUCUGUUGAGUCUUCAUGGAGGGCAUCAUCUGAACUCUUGGUAAAUAUUGCUGGACAUGGAGAAAAUACUGGCUUUGAGGUGCCAUGUCUUAUAGUUGCAGCUAAGGAUGAUCUGGAAUCAUUUACAUCGGCAAUACAAGAUUCAAUUAGGGUUAGUCAGGAUAUGGGAGUAGAGGCUCCUAUACCGAUCAGUGUGAAGUUAGGGGAUUUCAACAAUGUAUUCCACCGAAUUGUAAAGGCUGCUGAGCACCCUCAUUUAAGCAUUCCAGAAACUGAAGCUGGAAAAAACCGCAAGCAUUACAACAAGCUCAUAGGUCGAUCUCUUAUGUGUGUUUCAGGGUGCUAUGCCACUUAA